AUGCACAAGGCAUUUAUGGACUACUUAGAUGGCAAGAAUCAGUUUCAUGCUGAUAGGUGGGACUUUCAGGAGCUUCAAGCAUUGUAUGAGCAAUCUGGGAAACCAGUUGGUUUAGUUUGCAUCUGGUUGGGUCUUCUUACAUCUAACACAGCAAACGUUGGGCGGCAGCAGCUCAUGCAUCUAGCAAUCAAUGUUCUCUUGAUUGUUGUUAACUCAGCAGGCUGCAAGCAACUUUUCAGCAAGAUGGGCUAUAUUCAGUCAAAGCGCCGCUCUUGUCUCUCAAACAAGAAGACGUUUGAUACGGCUGUGGUUCAAAUGGAGUUGAAGAGAGCGCACGCUGCUGCAGGUCUUACACGUGCUUGCUUGCAUUGUCAGUUUGGUCUUUCAGCUUCAAAGCAAUUAGGAGAGGCCGCGUUAUUGCUCCCGGACGCAGACAAAGAAGACCAGCAUGACAAGACAGCCAAGGAGCUUGCAGAACUGGGCACAUUGGACAAAGAGGCAGGCACUAGCAGAUUUAAGAAGCUAGCAAGUAAGCUGGCUCAGGAUGUGCUGGAUGACAAAGACUUGCCCAAGGAUAGCCUUGAGGUUGAUAACCCCAACGACGUUCCACUCUCCGGAUUGAAAUUGGCAACUGAAACACGGUGA